AUCCAUUAGCUCUAAAUCCAGCAGAGCUUUCACACUCCCUUUUUGAAUCAAGGAAGAAAACCUGAGUUGGAACGUACAAUGGAACAGUGCACAACUUCAAGAGCAGAUCGUAGGCAGUAAGCACGUGAGAUUUCAAGGCAAACAACAAUGAAAACUGACAAAAAAACUGGGAUCGUGAUGGAAAGCUCAUGAGAAAAAGGCCAGUCUGCAGUUCGGGACGAAACAGUGAGUUUAAUUCUUUGUUGUGUUUUCCCCAGUUCAUCUGGAUUUUUAAUCAAAAAUAAAGCCAAAGACGGAGAAAAGAUGGGCUGCACACCUUCUCACAGUGAGAUUGCUAAUACUAUUGCAAGAAGUGGUCUUAAGGCUUUGAAUAAACCCAAAAGUAUUUUGCGUAUUGAUCCAGGAGAGAAAGGAAUCCCUCUGCUGGUUAAAGGUUCAUCUUGCUACUAUAUUGAUGAAUUCCACCAAUAUGAGAUCCAGAGGAAAGAAAAGGAGGAUAAACUAUCAGAGGAGGACAAAAAUGAUCAUUUGCAGUUAUAUUCCAAGGCUCAUUCAGAUCCCCUGAUUUCCAGGGAAGACAAAAAAAUUGAGAGGACAGCCACAGAUGCUGAAGUCGUUAUGUCCGAACUGAUUGAGUCUCAAAAACACAUCACUGAGGCCAUACAGAUCAGAAAGCAAAGCUCCUGUGAAUCAGAAGCAUCAGCUUUCAUUUGGGAUGACAAGAAUGAAAGCAAUGCAAAGCAAAUCCCAAAAAAAGGAAAGAAGCAAAAAAAUCAUAAGCUGGCAAAGCAAGGUCGACCUAGCAAAAGUAAAGAAAAGUCUGUUUUGGCCCCGUGCGAGACAGAGAAAAAGGUAGAUUUCCCAGAACUGCUUGUUAAGGCUCAUCAGAGUGCAUACGCUUACUUAAAUCCCAACCUCUCCAAGUAUGAAUGUAUACUUCACAUGGCCAACCAGGCUACCCAAACUCAGCUCUUCCUACAGCAGAUGGUAACCUUUUUGGUACUUCGCUUUGAUGAAAUCAACCAGCUCUUGGAAGAAAUUGCCAAUGAUGGGGAAAAUCUUCUCAAAGAUGUAGGUGGGAAUCUGGCAUGGCCAGCAGAAAAAGGUGAUUUGAAGGAGCACCCUGAUCUCCUGCAACAACUACUGCAGUACACAGUCAAUAAAAUGCAGUUACUGAGUGGGACACUGGCCUCCCUCACCUCCGACGCCCUGCAGGAGACAUGCAGCUACCUCCAGUCUGCUGCAAGCACCUUGGAAGGAAAACUGAAAGCAAAGCAAAGCUUUGAUGAGCGCCUGCUACAGACGGUAAGGCUGCUUGAAGCCUCAACAGUGGGAUCCUCCCCGCCCCAAGGUGAUGACAGGACUUUGUAUUCUGAGGACAGUGGCAUUGGCGUGGACAAUGAAUCCCUCAAAGAGUUCAGUGCUCUCAGCCAGCAUGGAGGACAAGCAAGCUGUGAUUCCUGUGCACAUGGACAUCUGUCUCAAAAGCAUGCCAGAACAGUGGAGCACGUGCCUGAUGGGACAGCGUCACCGGGCACAGCAGCAUCCCAUGACUGUGCGCUUGAAAGGCAUUUUAAAGAUAUAUUUUAUUCAUCUGUGCAGAGCAGGGAGGUGACUUCUUGUCAGGGUGGAGUACCAGGAGGCAUUUCUACCAUGCCCCAAUAUGCAAGCUUGAGCAAAAGCCGUUCCUAUAACUCCUUCCAGUCUGGCUCUACUCAGGAAGGUGAACAUUUCAAAAUCUGUGAAUCAAUAGAUUUUCCUUCUGAUGAUGAUGAUGAUGAUGAUGAGGAUGAAGGGAGCACCCUGGGGGAGGAUGAUGACAACACAAGUUUAUCAGAAAUGGGGAAGGAUGUUCUUCCAAGGAGGUCCCUAUCUUCGCCUGCACUUGCUGAUAACACACAAAGGCAGUCCACCAAGAGGACGGAGAACGCAGAGACAGAGGAGAUUAUUCUGAAGAUGAAAGAUGCCAUCAGUGAAAAAAUUAAGUUUGUCCCAGCUAAAUCCAGGCGUAAAGAAUGGAUAGAGGAUGAGAGUGGAAGAGCAGUCCUAACAACAAGGCCCAGUACAGCAACAGGCAGCCAGAAAACCUUCAGGAAACAGCAACGGUCCAGGUCAGAGGAGUCCCUCAGGAGCCAGGCAGAGGACCCGACCCUCCUAGAGCUUCAGAGAACUCAAAAAGAGCUCAGCAAAAGGCUGGAAAUGUUUUAUGGAAAGAAGGAUACAGAUGACAACCCAGAGCCUUGGAAAUCAAGAACAGCACCUUAUCUGCAGGAUGAGCAACUUAUGUCUAGGUCCUCCAGCAAACUGAAGGCGUGCCUCUCAAAAAAUUUCAGCAUCCUGCCUAACCAGGAUAAAGUCCCUUUGUUCACAGUUGAUCAAAAUACUGCCCAUCAGCUGGAUGAAAAAGGAGGCAGGAAGCCUUUAAGAGCUACUGUGCCCACCCAGGAGACAUCAGGAGGCAAAGAAAAGGAGCCUCCUGGAGCCCAAACGCUCAGUGGCAGCAGCUGUGCCCCCCGACAGACUGUCAAAAAGCUUAUCGAAACAUUCAGUCCUACUGACGACCUUGUAAAAGAUGCACCUUUAAGAUCUUUAGGACCAAUAAAGUGUAUCAGAAAAUUUGGACUUCCAGUCAUCCCACCCACCAUUCCCUUUCAGAGAGGCCUGGCACCUUUAAAUCUUAAGCAUCGUAUUUCCCCAGUAGAAAACACAAACCCUUCGAACACCAAUGGAGUUUCUUCUGGCUUCCCAAAUGCCUUUCCUCCUGCACCAGCUACAGAAUUAAGCAAGAAGGACACAAAGGAAGAGACUGGUGAAGACAUUGAGAGCCUGCCACCACCACCACCUGAAAUGUUAAUGGACACUUCUUUUGACUUAUCUGAGCCUGAAGAAACUGCAAGAAUAGAACGAAACUCUUCAGAAGAUGCCAAAAAGCCCACCAAAACAGAAUUUCAUGCUACUAAGAGAUCACAAGUUUCCCCCAAAAUGAAAGCCUCUCUUCAGUCCAUUGACUUAUUGCCAAGUAAAAAUAUCAGCGGCCCCAGUGCAAUUGCUAAUAAAGGUCUAAGGAAUACUGGAGCAGGGGACGAGAAACUGCAGAGGUACUCUCUGGAGCUGAACCCUACCAAUGUGCACAUCCCUACCCAGGAGGAGAUAUUGGCAACCCAAAGAAAAGAGGCUGCAGAUUUGUACAAGCAAACACAUAAAAUUAUUCCUCUUCAAAAUCCCAGUGGGGUUUCAAAACCACACAGCAAAAGCUCAGAGAGCAAAGAGCCCAAUUCACCUGCGUCUUCAGUGCAGUACCAGAAGCACGGUUCUCCCGACUCGCUCAGGAGGAACGAAAAAGGCUCAGCAUUUGCCAGGAGGGUCUCCCCAACGAGAACUCCUCCUUCUUCUCCACCAACUGAGAAACGGCUUUUCAGCCCCCCAACACACCACAGACACUCUCUGCAGGCUUUUAGCAACCCGCAGCAGAGCUCACCCACCACGCAGAGGAAACCCAGUCCCCCCUCUAGCCCCAGGGUGCCCAGCCCACCCUUGCAGAAGAAGCUGCCCUCUCCGCCACCCCAGCGAAAACCACUCAGCCCUCCCGCGGGACACAGGCAAAGCUCGCCGACGCCGCACCGGCUCCUGGGCUCCCCAGCCUACCGCCAAGAUGCAAGCCCCCCGCCAUUCCCCACCACCCCCUCCCCACCAACCUCCCCAUCCCGCUCCUACAAGGGGCCAAGAGCUGGGCUGGAUGCUGGGGACGAGCACCAGCUCUCCUCCUCCAAAAGGGGCAGCAAUGUCCGUUCGAUAUUUUGCCCCGCCACCUCUUCCUUAUUCGAAGCCAGACCUCCACUGGUACCCACCAAAGCCGCUGUGGAGGCGACCAGCCAGCCUGAAGCUUCACAGAUUUCCCAAAAGAGCAGUCUGCUUUUCCGGCAGCCCGGAGACCGGACUAGAAAGCUGUCCCUGAGUGCUGCCAAUCCUCAGCCUUUCGUGAGGAGAAGUUUCUCUGACCGCCGACCGGGGGUCCAGUUUCGUCUUCCAGCUCCCGUAACAGCUGGCAGCGAACCUGCGCUUCACCAAGCAAGCUUGGAGGAGAGCCCUAGAAAAGCAGGCGACUCUUGGAACAGCCCUUGCGUUCCUGAAAUCAAAGAGUCCAACAGAUCCGCUUCCCACCCCGAGCUCUACGUUGUGGGCCAGGGGCUGCAGAGGGACUGACAGCAGAAGCACCCACGAAGGCAGAGGCACGAGCAACACCAGAGGCCCCAGAGGAGGGAAGCAGCCUUACCCAAGCCUCCAAAAACACAGCUUCAUUUUUUCUCGCAAGGAAACAAUAUGACGGCAUUGCAUCUAAAAACCCAAACUGGCCCCAACAAUCUAAUGAAAUAUCAGCAGAGUGGUAGCCACCUGCUUCUGCUUUGGAUUGCAUUUUAUGGUUUAACUCGAAGAUCUACGCUGAGCAAAAGAAACACUUUGCUGCAGCUGGGUGAGUCUGAGGCAAAUUGGUUUGAUAAAGACAGGACCUGUAGCCAAGUCCUUUGUUUCACUGUUUAUCUAAAGGGGUUCAAAAACUAUCAGAAAUUAUCAUUAUUUGACAUAUUAUUUAUUCAGGAGGCAUCACAGUUUCAGUUAUGUAAAAAGUGGCUGUUGUGACAUUUCCAGCGGAGGAGGUAAAGUCCUGGACCAAUUGAGUUUUACUGCAAAAACAUCAAUGCCUUCAGCAAAGCCACGUCUUUACACUAGGUAUUUACCAACAUGCAGAGAGAGAAUAAGGUCAAAUACAAGUUAAAGCACGAUAACCCCUUUUAAAGGAAUAAAAUUAGGGAUCUUAUUCCUUCAAAAAGGCUUUGAUCUUCUAAAUCACCUUUGAUUAUCAUGUAAUCUCAUCACCUCUAGUUUCCAGGGUACAAGGCUUAAUCCUGAUUAGAGUAGUUUUGUAAUAGCCCAAUCAAACAACAUUAUAAAUCCUGAGGCACCUAAGGACAUGUAUCUUUUUCUUUUUUCAUAAAAGAAGAGAAUGCUACAAUUGAGAAUCCUGUUCUCCCCAAAACAGGUUUAUAUUCUUUCCGAUUUAUGCAGUUUGAGGGGAUUUAUUGUAAUUUCACCGAAGAGUCUAGACAGAUUCUUGUUAAUAAAAACACAAGUUAUUUACAGUCGAUUAAUGCUAGGCUUUUACAGCACUCACUGGAAUACAGGUUCAGAAUUUACUGGAUCUUGCUCACCUAACUAAUUCAUCACCACAAUUAAGAUGCAACUUCUAAUUAGUGUAACUUUAAUUAAUUUAAUUUGAUGUGUUUUCAUAUGCAACUUUAGUACAGAACAAGAUCCAGAAAAAAAGCCAUUUGCAGUCCUAUUUUGAUAAGAAAAGUUUUAAUUUUUCCUACAGUUUUCAUGGUGUUGGUAUCUGGGCACUUCACUUUCACACAGGAUUUUUAACCCUUCCUGCCCACCUUCAUGAUGGGGGAACUGAGGCUCAUCUUAUGCUGUACAAGGAACACCUUUGGAUACUGAACUCCUGAGUUUUAGUCUAGUGCCUUAAUCACAACCAUCCUUCAAUAAGCUCGGUGCCAUUUUACACCACAGACACAAGGAAACCUUAAUUGUUAUGUUUAAGGUGGGGGUUUGAAUAUAAAGAAGUAACUCGCCGUGAAUAGAUGCUUUGGAUUGUCAGGGGUUUGUGAGCUUGAGGUGGCAGAGCAGCCAUACCCAUAGUGAACAGCAAGGACAUGUCAACAGAUCCACCUUGUAAUCACACAGGCAGAUGCACCAUCCCCUAUCAAGUUCAAAAUCACCGGGGAGAUACUGCAAAGAUCAUCAGCAGAGCAAACUCUGCAGGCCAGUCUUCUCUCUCAUUAGAAGUGUAGUUCUCUCCCAGCUGCAUAAAAAUACAAAUACAUUUUUGCAUGGAUUUGGGGGUUGUCUGUUCUGCUGGCAGUAACCACCCAGAAUAGAAACAAACCAGAAACAUGGCAGCAGAAAACCAGUACUUUGCACACCUAAAUGUAGCUUUGAAGGUGAAAACAUAACAGAGUGGGAGGACAGCUUCUGCUCAGCUACUACAAUCAUUUUAUCUCUUUAUGGUUUUAUGCUGAAAUUUCCCAGCAUCCAUGAUGGGUGAUAAGAGAAAGUAUUUAUUCAUACCCCAAGCACCAAAUUCUGUGGUGGAAGAGCUACACCAGCACAUGGAACAACACUUCAGCAAUCAAGCUGGAAACCUCCUCACACGUCUGCUAGCUGGACAUGGAGUCAGCCAAAGCCUCUUUCCCCAAAAACCGGGCUCCCCUGAAGAUGUGGUACAUGAGUCGGCAUCCUACCACAGCAUCUCCCCCAGCUUUGACUAAGGCCGUGGUCGUCAGGAGGCUCAUUGCAAACAUGACCCCACCUAAGCACUGCUGAAGGACUCUGAUGCUGCCCUGAGGAUGCUACAGCAAACUGAGCGUUGUAUUCAACAGAGGUUCUCCAGGAGCAAGCUAUAAGUUUGUAACAUGAACUCAUGACUACAUAUAGCUAACAGAUUCUCUUCAGCACAGUUAAUGUACAGGACUCUUGCAAAUGAGGUGUUUACCCUCAGUUGUAUUGCAAGAAUGAGAUUAAGAGUAACUAUAGUAUGCAGGAAAUGAUAGUUUGGCUCACCACUGUUUAAAAAAAGAAAAAAAAAAAUUUUUUUUUUU